AUGCGAUUUUGCGCGUUGGUGUUGACCAUCUUUCUUGGUGCUGCUUCAGCGGGUCCUUGCCGACCCUCUAGCGCCGAGAGCAGUUCUGAACUUAUUAGUGUGACGACAAUCGAAUCGCUCUCCUCAACUUUCGCAGCGACUGUGUUAACUGACGCGACAACGACUGCUAUCACAUCUAUCGUCGAGACUACGACAGAAUCAAGCGCGGCUGCUACCACUACUACUGCUGCUAGCACGUGCAAUGCACCAGCAGCCCUGACAUGCUGCCAGACUGUUGGAACCUCAAGUAACCCCGUGAUCAGCCUUCUUCUGGGGUUGCUUGGUAUUGUGGUUCAAGAUCCCAACACUGUCCUCGGAGCAACAUGCUCAUCUAUUACUGAUCCCGCGGCUUGUCAACAAGGCACAGCAGUUUGCUGUAAUGAUAACAGCCAUGGCGGCCUUAUUUCUAUCGGUUGUUCGCGAGUUUAG